GGGGUGGCGGCGGCAGUGCCGGCGGCCGCGGUUCUCCCCUUCCCCUUGGGCAGUCCCUUCCUUCCUCCUUGGCAAUCCUUUCCUUCCUGGACAAUCCUUUCCUUCCUGGACAGCCCCUCUUUGGCGCGGCCGAUCCCGCGGUGGCGAGGGGCGGUGCGGGAGGGGAAGCUUGCCCAAAACCACGUACGGGCCGCUCGGGGCGGCCCCGCUCUCCCCGGGCAGGGCAGGUGCCGGCAGGACGGCAGGACCGUGGAAGCGCCUCGAGAACUACUAUGGAACCUUGGCAGCCUUGUAGGUUUGGAAGGCUUAAAUCCAAGUUCGGAAAGGCCUUUUCCAGUCCUGAUGAUUUGCUGGCUGAAGCGCUUAAUUAGGAUGGCUUUUGAACAAAUUGGAUUGAACAUGGAAUCAGUGCUUUGGUCAAGCAAGCCUUACGGUUCAUCUCGAAGUAUUGUAAGAAAAAUUGGUACCAACCUCUCUCUUAUACAGUGUCCAAGAGUUCACUUUCAGCUUAUUUCUCAUGUCACGGAAGGAAACACUCCUGCUCAACUCAGAGAAGAUGCAGUGGCCUCCUUGGCUGAUGUGGGAUGGAUUGCUGAAGAAGAAGGUGAAGUCUGCACAAGGCUCAGGUCAGAAGUUUGGACAAAAACAACUCAGCCUCUUCCAGGCGAAGCACAUAAUUCCAGGAAGUCCCCACACAGACAAAUGUCCUUGCAAAGCCCAUUGGGAGAGGAACCAGUGCCCAGGAGUGCAGUGAUGGCAAACGAAGAAGCACUGCAGAAGAUCAGUGCCCUAGAAAAUGAACUGGCCUCUUUAAGAGCACAAAUAGCCAAAAUUGUAACCUUGCAAGAACAGCAGAACUUGACAACAGUUGGGUCAAGUCCACUUGCUUCUGCUGCUGUCUCUGUUCCACCUCCACCACCACCACCUCCUCCUCCUCUGCCUCCACCUCCUCCCUCAAGUCUGCAUCAGAGUAAGUCUGCAAUUGAUCUCAUUAAAGAGAGGAAAAACCAAAAAAUGAACGCUGGCCAGAAUGUGGUGGAAAAUGGGCCAAAGAAGCCUGAAGUACCAAACAUGCUAGAAAUCCUCAAAGACAUGAACAGCGUGAAACUGCGCUCGGUGAAAAGAUCCUCAGAAGGUACAAAAUCUAAAGUGUCUCAGCCUGCAGAUCCUGCAACAUUAAUAGCAGAAGCUCUCAAAAAGAAAUUUGCUUAUCGAUAUCGAAAUGAUAGCCAAGGUGAAACAGAAAAAGUGAUUCCAAAGGCUGAAACAAAGACACAGACUGAGGUAGUGCUGUUUGGACCACAUAUGCUGAAGUCUACAGGAAAAAUGAAGACUUUAAUUGAAAAAUCUUAGUGUUAAAGAUUAUUCUGCGAAAGACUGUCAAGCUGCUUUGUAUAAAAUAUUUUAUGUUGCAAAUAGCACUAGAACUGAGAGGUCUCUUUUCUUACAGCACAGAAAGAUCUAAUGUGAAACGCAGAAACGAGGCACUAAACAUGGUUGUAUGUAGGUGAUUUAUCAAGGGGAAUAAAUUGGACCAUUAUACUCAGGUAUUAAUUUUGUAUUCAAGCUUGGCUUUCCACUCAGAUUUAUGUGAUGGAUUUAGUUCAUUAACACUAAGUUAUACAUACAACAUUUUUUGUGCAAAACUGACCAGCUUAAACAUUUGUAUACAUGUUAUUAAUGAUGAUGAUACACCCUUAAGUUAAUAUCAGUUUUAUGUGAGCUCUACCUGUAAUUUGCACUACAGUGUGUAAUUUUAUACUGAAAUCUUCAUGUUGAAGUCUUUCUUUUAAACUUAACAUUAGCAAAUUUUUAGCCCAAAGAAAACCUGGAGGCACUCUGCUUCUUACUGAAACAAAGUGAAAACGUGAACCUGCUGCAGAGGUCCUAAACUAAAAAAAAAAAAACAACCUAAAUUUUACAUAGUAGUAAAUUUUUGUGCAGGAUUUUUUCUUUGUUCCACCUCAGCUUGCAAGGGUAAGAGAGUAAAACUUGCUUGCAUCAUCCUGUGGCCAUUAUAAAGAGUAAAAUCAUGCUGUGGGAGCCUCUGUCAAAAGGUAGUCAAGGGAAUUUGAAAUAGUCAGUAAAUAGCAGCAGAUUAAAAUAACAAAGAAUAUGUGUUAGUUAGCAUAAAGUGCUGAAGAAAACAAAGGUACAAAGUACUGUGGGGUGCAAGUUGCCAAAAGCAGCUCAUCUCUGCUGCUGUAGGAGAUGCUCAUGGACACCUUCUCCCCAGCUUGGCUCCCUGGGCACAUUUCUGGCAGAUGGGGCUUACACAAGCCCUCAUGGCCCCAUUUGCAGGGAAGAGAUGGGAUAAGCUGUUGCCCAUUUUCUAGGGGAAGCCCAUCUGAUGCAGCAGCUGUUUCCUGCCACACCUAUACCAACCACCUGAGCUCAUGUCUCCAGCCACAGGUGUAGAAAGGCUCAAGCUGAAAGUACAAGUCAGGGUGAAAAAAGCUGUGCAGGAACCAAGAGUUGCAGUUGAGGUGCCCACUGAAACAAAGCCCUGGAUUGCUCUGACCAUGGAUGAGCAUUGAAAACGCUGAGCUUGGGUAUUUUUGGUGCUUUAAGCUGAUCCCAGCUACUGGGACAAGUACAACUGCCUCUGGGAGCUUCUGUUUCCUAGGAAAAGACAAAAGCAGCACUUUUUUAAUAAAAACAGCUGAAUGGCUCUGACAAGGUUACUGAAGAUGGGGAAGCUUUGCUGCUUAUAACUGGAAUGUAGGUUGUACAUGGAGGAGCUUUGUUUUCUGGUGUGGAACUUGAAAUGGUGUUAAUAUGUACGCAAUGUAACUUCCUUCCAAAGUGCUCUGCCAUCAAUCCUACUGAUUGGUCAUUCAAUCCCUCAGUUCUUUUAAGUGCCUUUAAAACACCUUUGUGAAAGUUAACUUUGGUUUUAAGUUUUGUAUUUUAUGCUCUAUUGCCACUAUAUAAAAUUAAAAGCAGAUAAAAUAAAGAUGGCAUAUUUGA